CGCCCUACGUUUAUCCACACUCACAUCGAUUUCUCGUUUCCAUCAAACCGCCAAUUGUUUCUGCUUCUCCCUCCUCUCUUUCCCUCUCUUCCUGUAAAAAUUAACCUGCUGUAUCUGCUUCUCGCUCUACAUUCCGCUCUACCUUCAUUUUGUUAUCAUGGCUUAUGAGCAAAGCUUUAGUGCCCCAACCAUGCAUUUGGGAUCCGAGGGUGAUGUCUCGCACAAACAAAAAUGGAGUUCCGUUUCACAGGUGGCAGAAAACCCGAAUGGAGGGUUUGAUUGCAACAUAUGUCUAGAGUCGAGUCAUGAACCUGUGGUAACUCUGUGCGGUCACCUGUACUGCUGGCCAUGCAUAUAUAAAUGGCUCCAUGUUCAGAGGUCAUCGUUCGAGUCAGAUGAGCGGCCUAGAUGUCCGGUCUGCAAGUCAUUCAUCACUAAUGCUUCUUUGGUCCCCCUCUAUGGUCGAGGCAGGUCUCCGUCCGAGUCUGAAGUCAAGAAGUGGCAGUUGGAUGCAACUGUACCUCCCAGGCCACCAGCACUCGGGUUGAAUACCUUGCUUGCUACUUCACCAUCAGUUUCUUCCGAUUUGAAUCAGCAAAACCCUCCAAACCCGUUUCAUCAGGAGAAUCAACAGCAGUACUUCCCCAAUCCAUUUGGCAACUAUUCUUCGAUCCCUCCACCCAUUACAACCAGCUUCUUUAGCCCAACAAUCAGCAUGGUCAGUGAAAUAGUGUUUUCUGGUAUGUUUGGGAGCACAGACACCAACUUGUUUGCUUAUCCGUAUACAAAUUCUUACCCCUUAAUAGGAAAUGGUAGCCCGAGGUUGAGAAGGCACGAAAUUGAGCAGGACAAGUCGCUGAACAGAGUGUCGAUCUUUCUUUUCUGCUGCAUUGUUAUGUGUCUUCUCUUAUUUUAAGUUUGUAAUUCUAGAAUCAAGUGUUGUAUAGCUGUGUAUAGAUCAUUUCUGGGAGAGCAGUAGAGUACAUAUGAGCGUGUUGGAGAUGUUGAUGAUGAUGAUGAACGGGUGGGUAUAUCCUUCCGUACAUGAUUUUUUCUUGUUAUGGACAGGAAUCAAACUCACAAUUAUCUUUUACAGA